UAAUAAUAAUUGAUAAUAAUGAAAUAGGUAUGAAUAAUUCUAAUUCUAAUAAUAAAGUAAUAAAUGAUAUUACUAAUAAUAAAAUGACAAUUAUAAAUAAGUAUACCAAUCUGUGAAUGAAAUAAUUUGAGUAUUUAACAAGAAGCCUUUCAAUAGUGUCAUAGCAACGAGACAUUCACCCCUUAUAUUUAUGGCUUAAUUGUUUCGAUCCUGGAACAUUCUCUCUUUUCUUUGGCAAGGGGUUUGCUUACUAAAAGAUCAUAAACUUCAUUUUUUUUUCUCUCGAAUAUUAAUACCUGUCAAAAGAUUAUUUUUUUUUUAACCUAGGAAAGAAAAAUGCUCAAGUUCCAAUUCGCUACAGCAGACGAUCUGAAAAAUGCAGCUGCAAUCGAGAGAAGAAGACAAAUUGAAGAAACAAGAAAAUCUCGAAUCUUCAAUCCUCGGAUACGUAAAAUUGGGGUGGACAAAGAAUUCUUGGAGAAGCAAAUAGAGGAAAAAAAAUAUCAACGAGAUGCCGAAAAAGCGAAAGAGGAGCGUAUGGACGAUGCACUUAUUCGCAGUAGUAAAAUUGCAAUUAUGCUGGAAAAGAAAGAAGAGGAGGAAAGAAGGAAAUUUCUACAGGAAAUCAACAACUAUCGACAAGUUUGUCAACGACCAGAAGACAGGCGUGACUUUGAUCUUUACGAUCCUGAUGGAUUGAAAAAAAUCCAACCGGAAAAUAUUGAGUGCGGUGAUGCACAAUAUGGUUUAGCUUCUGCACAAGUAUUCGAAGGAGAAGACUGCAACAGGCAGCGAAGAUUAAAAGAACAAAAAGAGCAAAUGCAAUCUUGGGUAAUGCAACAAAUGAACGAACGUCGAGCUGCUGAAAAGGAGCGUCGCGACGCUGAGAAAGCCUAUCAGGAUGCAGUAAUCGCCCGAGAUAAACGUGCAAUUACUCUUGAACUUAUGGAAGAAGACUGUCGUCGUAAACUGAGGGAAACUGCGGCAAAGUUUAAUAAAACACUAGCGGAGGAACAAGAAUACCGAAGACGUUGCGAUGAAAUCCAGGACGAAGAAGAUAAGCGCGCUGAAAUUUAUAAUCAUGUUACUGGCGAUUUUCUCACUGAGGCUAAGGAACAGGCUGAAAGUAAUCGUGGACCGAACAAACCUUUGGCCACUAGAUACAAGGGUAUGACCACCGAGGAAUUAAAGGCUUAUCGCGACGAGCAAUUGCGACAAAUCGAAGAAAUUCAGAAAAUAAAAUUGUCCGAAAAACAAGAGAACGAAGAUUGGAAUCGGCAAAUGUUGGGAAAUGCUCGAUCAGCAGAAUUACAUUACCGUGAAUUAGAGCGAAAAAAAGCAGAGCUGAAUAAGCAAAUUGCUGAAGAAAAUCUUCAACUCGCCGAACAACAAAAAUCGCAACAGGAAUAUUUCAAUCGUGUCAUGUUUAAAAAUAAAUCAAGUCCCGAAUUCUUCUCUCAAUUCAACAAAAGUACACGUUAAAAUCGAAAUUUUUACCUUCGGAAACAAUAAUUCUAUUUUACGCAAACAAUCUUGUUCAAUAUUUCUUUUCUGAAGAAAAAUUAAA